AAGCAUAAGCAGCUAGAAGUGUUCGUCACCACUGUCUCAGCUCAGGGAAGGGGGAUUAAGGCAUGUACUUGGAAGGAGACACAAGAGAAGCUUUUGCUAUUCUUAAUCUGCAUAGGUAGCAAUAGCUACACCUGUGCAGGUCCCAUUUAGAUUCAGAUGCAGCCUCUACCAUCAAUGGUAACAUUGUGACUCAUACUUUUUCUCCAUUUUUUUCUCGAACAGCCUCUUGACACCCGCCAGGAUGGAUCUUGGCAAGGCAAAGCUGCUUAGGACCGGCCUCAACACUCUCCACCAAGCCAUCCACCCUGUACAUGGGAUAGCAUGGACAGACGGCAAACAGGUCUGCCUGACAGCUCUGUACUUCGUCAAUGGUGAGGUCAAAUUUGGGGACACCAAUGUCAUUGGGCAGUUUGAGCAUGUCUUUGGGCUCUUCUGGGGCCCGUUGUGCUGUUCUGACUCUCCUGCCUUGCUCGCUGUUCAACACAAGAAACAUGUCACUGUGUGGCAACUGCAGCUCAGUGCUCUUGAGCAUAACAAGCUACUGUGCACUCAAACCUGUGAGAUGAGCGAGCCUUUCCCCUUGCUCUCCCAAGGCUGCGUCUGGCAUCCUAAACUGGACAUGCUUGCUGUACUGACCAAGAGGGACACUUCUGUUCUGUUUUCUGUCAGAGUGGACAACAGGAGAAUCAAAGCAGACAUUAAAGGUAGUGGACUGAUCCACUGUGGCUGCUGGACUAAGGAUGGUACCCGUCUGGUAGUAGCUAUAGGCAGUGCUCUUCACUCCUUCAUCUGGAAUGACAUUCAGAAGAGCCUCGUGGCCUGCUCUUUCUGUCCUAUCUUUGAUAUAGGAGGCUAUAUCUGUGCCAUUGAGGCCACAGGGGAGGCGCAGGUGGCUGUGGCCACAGAGCUGCCACUGGAUAAAAUCUGUGGGUUAAAUGCUGGUAUGGCCUUUGACAUGCCAACAGAGGCAGAGACUCUUCAAGGCCAGGGUUCACAUGUGCUUAUGUCAGACGAUGACAGCGUCCUGGACUCAAGAAGAAGAUCAUUUGAAUCAGAGAGGUCCUAUAUCUCCAACUCAGGCCCCCUGGAUCUUACUCAUCUUCUGGCAAGGCACCGGCGUUCCGACCCCAGCCCUCUUCUUCACCUGCGUCGCAGAGACACUAUGACAGGCUCUGGACAGGACUCCUCACACCUCAUCCUGGUCACCUAUGAGCGGAAGGUCACCACCACUCGCAAAGUCAGUAUCCCUGGGAUUUUGGUUCCUGAUAUUGUGGCUUUUGAUCCCCGUGCUUCCACAGUUGCGGUGGCUUCCAACACAUGUAACAUGGUGCUUGUGUACUGCAUCACUGCCUCUGCAAUGCCGAACAUCCAGCAGAUCUCUCUGCAGACAAACGAUAGACCAAAGGGCGUUUGCUUUCUCAAUGAUAAGAUGCUUCUGCUGAUGGUGGGCAGACAGAAGUCCAAUGAUCCAGCUUUUCUUCCAUCCUCUAACACAGAUAAAUAUAUACUUCGUCUUGUUGCCAAGGAGUUGGUGUACGAUGGAGAACCUGUUGUCACACCACCCUCUACUGCCCACAAUCCUGAGUCCACGUCUAAUUUCUGUGCAGGGAUUAGGAGGCACUCUGAGCACCUAUCUAAGGAUGAGAGGGAGCGCCCAGGGAUAAAGGACUUGGUCUUACCUGGAGGGGGAGUAAUUCGCUCACCGGGGAACAGGCGGAGGCUGGUGGAGGAGGUGAGAAGUGGUGAGCCCAGCCCUGUCACCAGCUCUGUGGACUUCUCAGACAGAGCCCAUUCCAGUGCCUCUUCCAUCACGUUGGAGAAUUACGACAUGGACCACGUCAACCGUAUUUCCAGCCUGGCGGUGGCCGGACAUGCCAGUAGGGACUCCAGCAGGGCCAGUUCUCCUCGCAUGGAGCUGUUGGAGAAACUUCACACAGACCCGACCCUGCCUUUGGCUGAAAAGACAUCUGCCGUUGCGAGGGAGCGUGCGCUGGAGCAACUCGUCCACAACAUGGAGAGGCUUUUUACACGUUUUUCAGAUGUUCAGCAGUGCCUGACAGAAAUCAGAGAUUACACACAGAAUGGCAAGAAGGCAGUGAGCGCCUACCCUACUUCCAUGGAACCCCCUUAUGUCAACGUCACAUGCCAGAGGCAGUUAUCAGAGAACGUGUUCAUUGAUGAGCGGAGGCCGGUGCUGCUCUGUGAUGGGAAGCUGUGUCUACGCGCCCUGCAAGACCUCUUUAACUUAACCAUUGUGGAGAUGAUGUAUGGGCCUUUGUGGAUUGUACUUGUGGCAGACGCAGAUGGGUUUGUACCCCUAACGUUUAAAUCUAAAGAAGAACUCACAGUACGCAAUGGGAAGAGGAAAACAGCCCUGAAGACCCCUGGGAGUCCAGAACUGUCCUGCCCUCCUAGUCCAACCCCAUGCCAAAGCGCCAACACAACCACAGAGGCCUCCAUGUAGUCCCCCCCACACACACUCACACACACACACACUCCGAGAAUACACCUCAUUUUAUCCACCAGAGCAUAUUUGACUGGAUCGUAACAGGCAAGACAGAAAUAUGAAGCUGCACUGAACAGAGCUGCUAUACGUGUAUCGUCACGUGUAUUUUUCUAUGGUGUUAGAGGUUUGAAAAGGGCUGCCUAUUCAGAUGUGAAGUUUACAAGUUGCUGCUUUAAAAGGAAGUGUGAGCAAUGAGCCAUAUUUUUUUCUUGUGCAUGUUUUGCUACCUGUGGAGUAACCCCCUUUUGGAAACAAUUCUGCAUUUCUACCUAAGACUUUAUGCUAAAUAGUACCAUGCAAAAUGAUAAAGUUGAAUUAAAUCUUCUUACGCACUCCUCUUGUCAGUUUAUCCACUGUGACUGCACUUGUACUGUUACCAUGAUGAAUGUUAUUGACCACUAGAGGGGGCAAUACUCAACAGAAACAUCUGUCAUGGCUCAUAUGUUGCUAGGAACUCAUGGAAGACCAAAUA